CAGCUAAAUUUGUCUUCUUCAGCUACAUCUGUUGUGGCUCUUCACUUCAUCCUCCCUCUUUUAUUAUGGCUUCCUCCCCACUAAUCUCUCUAUCUUGUCGCAGCUGAACUUUAAGGCGUCAGAAGGGCUUUAAUUCUUCAUAACCUUCAUUCCUGGUUGUGGCAAUGCAAGAACAAAGUCCAGCAACAAGUGAUGUAUCUGAAAUUAUCAAUUCUUUGAAGAUAAAGGUUGCAUUGGAGCGUGACUUUUAUAUUAAGAAAAGGAUUCAAGAAAACACACAGAAGCUGGUUCAUAUUGCGAAAGUGCUCCAUGAAUCAUCAACAGAAAGGAGAAAUCUCCAGAUUCUUGCACCGGAUGGUAGUGUUGAUCAACUGUCAAAGAGACAGAAGGAUGCUAUCGAUAUGCAAAAUGGAAUCGAUGCCCCUAGUCACAUGGAAAAUGGCUGCAAUAGCCCUAAAGAAGACGGUUAUGCCUCUGCAAUUCUUUUAGGAUCAAGCAUUGCAGUCAAGAAUGCUGUUCGCCCCAUUAAAAUUCCAGAAGCAAAAAGACUGCCUCCUUAUACUACAUGGAUUUUUUUGGAUAGAAACCAAAGGAUGACCGAAGAUCAGUCUGUGGUAGGUCGCAGAAGAAUUUAUUAUGAUGAGAAUGGUGGAGAAACUCUAAUUUGUAGUGACAGUGAUGAAGAAGUAAUCGAAGAGGAUGAAGAAAAAAGGGACUUUGCGGAGUCGGAAAACUAUAUUUUGCGAAUGGCUGUCAAAGAGGCUGGUUUAUCUGAUACGGUGGUGGAAUUGCUAGCUCAGUGCUUGUCUAGAAAGCCUUGUGAAGUAAAGGCAAGAUAUGAAGAUCUAAUGAAGGAAGACUUCUCUGCUAUGAAUGAUAAUACUCAAGGCACUGCAAAUUUGUAUCUUGACAAAGAUCUUGAUGCAGCAAUGGAUUCAUUUGACAACCUAUUUUGCCGGAGAUGCCUUGUCUUCGAUUGUAGAUUACAUGGAUGUUCACAGGAUCUUAUAUAUUCAGCUGAAAAACCACCUUUGUCCUUGGGUGCUGAUGCAGACAAGGAACCUUGUGGCUCUAAUUGUUUUCGUGGGAUGCCAAAGCCAGAAUGUAACUCCAAAAUGACCUCUUCACAUCAAUGUGAAGAAAACAUCAUCCUAUCAUCUGAAGGUGGUACAGGUGAGUUACCCUUGAAGAAGAAUGUGGAGAAAAUAUCCAAAUCUUCACAUAGUGAAAGUGCUUCUACUGUCAAAAGAUCAUCUGAAAGUAGUGACUCUGAGAUUCGGCCUACAAGUGAUGCCACUUCUGGAAACUGCUCUGCGUCACCCAGUAAAAGAAAAGAAAGUAAACACAGAAGCAAUAAAAGAAAUAGUAAGCGCAUUGCUGAGAAAGUUAUUGCUGCCAUAAGAAAGAGGCAAAAGAAAUCAGCAGCUUCUGAGCAUGACUCAGUUGUGAGUGGAAAUUUAGGUUCAAAAAGUUUGAGCCAUCCUUCACCCAAAGACAAUGAAAACAUUUGUUCAUCUGCACAAGAAGAGCAAUUUCAUAAUAGUAGAAAGCCUAGGAGGAAAGCAUCUCCACUUCUGGAAGCCAACGAAUCUUCACAUUGUGAGGCCAUAGUUUCAACCCAAAAUGAAGCUGUUAGUGAUCGACUGGUCACAAAUGAUUUAGUUCAGAAGGCAGAUGAACUUGUAAAUGAAAAUAUUUUGAAGAAAGAAGUAAACGGAGAUAAAUCUUGGAGACCAAUUGAGAAGUCUCUUUUUGAAAAGGGUCUGGAGAUUUUUGGUAGGAGCAGCUGUUUGAUUGCUCGAAAUCUCUUGAAUGGUCAGAGGACGUGUUUGGAAGUUUUCCAGUACAUGAAUAGGACUAAGAAUAAGCUAUCUACUCAAGCAGGUGAUGGAGUAGACUGCAUGCUUGAAAGUGGUUCCAAGAGUGAUGAAAUUGUGGGUAGUGAAGCACGUAGAAGAUCAAGAUUCUUGCGCAGGAGAGGUAGAGUCCGUCGCUUAAAAUACACGUGGAAAUCAGCAGGAUACCAUGCAAUAAGGAAGCGGAUAUCUGAGAAGAAGGAUGAACCUUGUCGUCAAUAUAAUCCUUGUGGUUGUCAAUCUCCAUGUGGAAAGGAGUGUCCUUGUAUUGUAAAUGGAACCUGCUGUGAAAAAUAUUGUGGAUGCACGAAGACUUGCAAGAAUCGUUUCAGAGGAUGUCACUGCGCUAAGAGUCAGUGUCGAAGCCGUCAAUGCCCAUGUUUUGCUGCUGGCAGGGAGUGCGAUCCCGAUGUUUGCCGCAAUUGUUGGAUUGGCUGUGGUGAUGGGUCACUUGGGAUUCCUUUACAAAGAGGUGAUAACUACGAAUGCCGCAAUAUGAAGCUACUCCUCAAACAACAGCAAAGAAUUCUUCUUGGAAGAUCUGAUGUAUCUGGAUGGGGAGCUUUCAUAAAGAAUAGUGUUAGCAAGCAUGAAUACCUUGGGGAGUACACUGGUGAAUUAAUCUCCCACCGUGAAGCUGAUAAGCGUGGAAAGAUCUAUGAUCGUGAAAACUCUUCAUUCCUCUUCAAUCUAAAUAAUCAGUUUGUGCUUGAUGCUUUUCGAAAGGGCGACAAGUUGAAGUUUGCCAACCAUUCCCCAAAUCCAAAUUGUUAUGCGAAGGUCCUCAUGGUGGCCGGAGACCACAGGGUUGGAAUAUUUGCGAACGAAAGAAUCUGCGCAGGAGAAGAACUGUUCUACGACUACCGAUAUGACCCAGAUAGAGCCCCGGCUUGGGCAAAGAAACCCGAGGCGGGGUCCACUUCGAAGAGAGACGAUGCCCCGACACCUUCCCAUGGCCGUGCUAGGAAACACACCUAACUCACAAAACUCACAACCAUUCAAUUCAUUGGUUAAAAUGAUUGGUUUCUCAUUCUCCCAUUAGUUUUUGUUUUUUUUUUUGUCAAAGCCACUCAGCGGGAUCGUAGGCUCAGGUCUCUCAGAGUUUUAUUUAAAACCAUUUUGGUGGUAAUGUAAUUUAAUUAGAGCUUGCAGAGGAUUUUUGUAUUAC